AUGAGUAAGGCCUUUGACCGCAUCUCUCAGUCACCCUUCAUGCAUAGGAUAGAGGGGGAUGAGCUUCCUCGGCGGUUCCACCAACCCACUUUCGCCAUCUAUAAUGGUUGGACGGACCCCGUGGAACACGUAAGCCAGUUUAACCAGAGGAUGGUCGUCUAUUCCAGGGACGAGGCGUUGAUGUGCGAAGUGUUUCCGUCCAGUUUGGGACCCAUGGCGAUGAGAUGUUUUGACAUCCUCAAGCCAAACUCCAUAAAUUCUUUUAAGCAGCUAAUGCAGGCUUUCGAUUCUCGCUUCAUAACGAGCAGCAGGGUUCCUCGGCCCUUAGAUUCCCUCCUGUCCUUUUCCAUACGAGAAGGAGAGAUCCUGAAAGCCUACUCGGAUAGGUAUUGGGAGAUGUAUAACGAGAUAGAGGGAAACUACGAUGACGUCGCCAUCAGCACAUUCAAGAGAGGCCUGCCGAUAGAGCACGGUUUGAGGAAGUCCUUGACUGGGAAACCGGUCACCAGCGUGCGCCAACUCAUGGACCGAAUCAACAAGUAUAAGAGAGUUGAAGAGGACCAAUAG